AUGGCCACCAUGCUGACUGGGCUGGCCUCCAGGAUCAGACUCCUUCUACCGAAUCUUCUUGUAUCCGUCUUGUACACAUCCCCAUCUGGAAAAAGCCUGUCGGUUGUCGAUUGUCGCGGUGCCGAGCCUGUCUGCGAUGCCCGCUCGCUCACACCUGACACACCAAGUCCGUCAUCGAGAGACACAAUGGUGCAGUCAGCAAAGGCUCCCAGAUUGCGCGUGUAUGAGGGCGAGGACGACGACGACGACGACGGCGACGACGACAAUGUUGAGACGCGCGCACCAUGCGAAGCGAUGCGCGCUGGAGGUGCUAGCGUACGUAUUGGUGGCGCAUCACGACACGCUUGGGCGGGCGCACCUGUGCAAGCACCCCAUGUUGGUCAGUCCAUACACGACCAUUCCGCGCUCACCAUGGCCACGUUGAUGGCCGUGGAAGCCAAGCCAAGCGCUCAAGAUGCGGAUGAAGGCGCAGCUUAG